AUGGGUUCGACAGCUGUUGGCCUAGGAGCAUGUGCAGUAUCGUCAGUCUUUUUUGGAAGCGCAUAUGUCCCCAUAAAGAAGUUUGAUGCAUCUAAUGGAAUCUUUGUUCAAUGGGUCAUGGCGGCCGGCAUACUUUCCGUCGGGAUGGUAGUAAAUGCUUUCGAAGAGUUCCCUAAAUUUCAACCUCUUGCAAUGGCUGGGGGAGUACUAUGGGCUCUAGGUAAUGUUACUGCUGUGCCUAUCAUGAAUGUUCUUGGUCUCGGAAUGGGAAUGCUGAUUUGGGGAGCGACAAACUGUGUAUGUGGAUGGGCCGUAGGAAGAUUUGGCUUGUUCGGUGUCCACGCCUCCGUUCCCGACCACCCAUUAUUGAACUAUUUGGGUUUAUCAAUGGUCAUACUAGGAGGAGUUUUCUUUUCGCAACUUCGGCCAUCCGUUACCCUCCCUACAAAUGCGGAGGUUGCUGUCGUUGAAGAAAGAAGUACUCCCGUCAGAAGAAAUUCGGACGAAGAUAGCCCUUUAUUGGAAUCCUCAGCUGCAUUAUCGAUAGGGAUUAGUCGUAGGACAAAAAGGCUCAUGAGCAGUAGCCGUUGCUCUCGUGGCUGGCAUCUUCUACGGACUAC